AUAGUUGAACGAGUGCGGACGUGUUGCGGACAAUAAAAGAACGAAUAAAAAGAAUCCCCGCAACUGCAUAUAAAAACCAGACGGACGCAUUCAAUUAGUGGACAUAUAAAUGAAAUAAAUGUGUAAAGGUUGAUUAAUUGCCAAUUGAAAAGAGCAACAAGUGCAGCGAACAAGUUAUUUUCUAAAAGAAUUGAAACGCUGCCAAAGUAUUUAAAGCGAGCGAGCGGCGAAUAGAAAUCUGCCACCAACACAUAUUUUCACAUUCUUGCUUUCUAUCCAAAUUCGUGCAUCGCGUGUGUUUUACGCGGCAUCGUUGACGUGUGUGUGUGUGUGUGCGUGUGUGUUUGUUAAAUACAGAGAGAGGAAGAGAGAGAGAGACUGCAGUAUACUUUUGCAGCAACCUCUUUGGUGCUAUAAGGAAACUUAGUACGUGCGUGUGUGUGUGAGAGAGUUGUGCAAGGCACGUGAAUGUCGCUGAAAAACCAUCCGGCAUAUCAACCGCUACCGACUGCAGCGGCCGCAAUGGACAAUCCGGCGAUGAGCAACAGCAGCAGCAGCAGUGGAAGCAACGAUGAUGUUGCCGCACUUGCUCAGAGCGGACUACCUGCGACAUAUUCGUCACAACAGCUAGUUUCAUCGGAUUCAGAUUCGAUGGAACGUCGCCACCUACGUGGAAAUAGUAUAGUCGAUGAGCCCGGAUCCCGUUUAGCCCGUAUGGGGCACUUCCAAUGGUUUACUGUUGCAACACUCUGCUUUGUCAAUCUCAUUAACUACAUGGAUCGCUUCACAAUAGCUGGUGUAUUGACAGAAGUGAAGGAAGACUUUCAAAUAGACAAUGAUAAUGCAGGCCUGUUGCAAACAGCAUUCGUAAUAUCCUAUAUGAUAUUCGCGCCCCUCUUCGGCUAUCUGGGCGAUCGGUAUUCCCGGCGCUGGCUUAUGGCCGUGGGCGUGGCCCUCUGGUCGACAACAACACUUCUGGGCUCAUAUAUGCACACCUACGGCUGGUUCAUCACGUUCCGCGCCCUGGUCGGCAUCGGCGAGGCCUCGUACAGCACCAUUGCCCCGACGAUCAUCUCGGAUCUGUUUGUGAACAGCAUGCGCUCCAAAAUGCUGGCAAUGUUCUACUUUGCCAUACCCGUUGGCUCCGGUCUGGGCUAUAUUGUCGGCUCGAAGACCGCGCAGCUGGCCAACAAUUGGCGCUGGGCGUUGCGUGUCACGCCCAUUUUGGGCGUCAUUGCCGUGGUGCUCAUCCUGCUGAUCAAGGAUCCGAAGCGCGGCGAAAGCGAGGGCCAAUCCGACAUGGAGCCAACCAGCUUCUGCAUUGACAUCAAGGAGCUGCUCAAGAAUCGUUCCUUCAUGCUGUCCACGGCGGGCUUCACGUGCGUUGCCUUUGUCGCCGGCGCUCUGGCCUGGUGGGGACCCACCUACAUACAUCUGGGCCUCAAGAUGCAGCCCGGCAACGAGAAUCUACAGUUGGACGAUGUCUCGUACAAAUUUGGCCUAAUCGCAAUGGCCGCGGGCCUAAUUGGCGUGCCGCUGGGCUCCGUGUUGGCCCAAUAUUAUCGCAGCCGGAUCGAGAACUGUGAUCCGUAUAUCUGCGCCAUCGGACUGUUCAUAUCGGCGCCCAUGGUCUUUGUUGGACUGAUAAUACCGCGCAUCAGCGGAACGCUCUGCUUCAUAUUCGUGUUCGCGGCGCAGGUGGCGCUCAACCUGUGCUGGUCCAUUGUGGCCGACAUCUUGCUGUACGUGGUGGUGCCCACACGUCGCUCAACGGCGGAAGCCUUCCAAAUACUCAUCUCACAUGCGCUGGGCGAUGCCGGCAGUCCGUAUCUCGUGGGCGUCCUUUCGGUUGCCAUCAGGAAACAUCUGAGCUCGGCGACGUCAAAGUUUAUAAGUCCGAACAGCAUGCAGAGCUUGUCGCAAGUGUUGGAAAAUGCCACGGAAACCGUAACGGAAACCAUCACGGAUAUGUCGUAUCCACGCGCAGAGGCCACGGAUGAAGUCUUGUCCUUCGAGUCCCUGCAGUAUUCCCUGUUCUCGACGACCUUUGUGGAGGUGCUGGGCGGCAUAUUCUUCCUGCUCACCGCCUGCUUCAUAAUCAGAGACAAGUCCAAGGCGACUAGCGACAGCCUGGGCAACGAUUUGAGAUCGGCGCCAAGGCAAACCAACCCAAAACUUCUGUUCGAUUCGGAUUGCCUGGUCAUGUGCACAGAUAUUGCAAUGCGAGAGCGCGCCUGAGCCAAAUAUCUAGUUUCCAUUAGCCAAAAUUGUUUUCGUUUUUGGCCCUAACACACUCGCAACGAAUGAACAGCAGCGCAAUCGCAAUGCCUAAUGCCAGCCGAUGCCAGCUGAUGCCAGCCGAUCCAAGGAGUUAUUCGACGCACUCGGCGCGAAGUGAUACCGACUGAGAAUCAUCUAUAAAGCCUAUUUAUAAACGCCGCAUCUAAUUGUAAAAACUCUAUAUAUUUUUUACAAGUGUAUUGGCUUUGCGUAUUCUGUUUUUUUUAGUAAUUAGAAAAGCGCGUGUUCCUAUCACUCAUCACUGCUUCUAUGUAAACAUACAGAAACGUAUAUAUAUAUAUAUCUGAAUAUUGGAGCGGAAAGUCACAUAAAUUAUGCACUAAAUCAUCAAAAUUUUACUUAUGUGUAUUUACAAUUUAAGCGCCUCCUAUUAGUCUAGAAGGCCUCUGUCCCAACUAGAUUUAAAGUUAACAUUGUAUAUAGUUGAAGCAUCUAAAAUCUGUUUUAAACUCUCGCACGCCUAUCUCAGACAAAUUGUUUUUUUUUUAAUGGUUUACACACAUAAAUCUAUCUGUACAUAUUUUAGCACCCGGCCAUAAUUGUUAAGCGCGUAGUUCGUACAUACAUUUAAACAUACUAUAUAUAUAUAUGCAUAUAUAUAUAUAGAUAUAUGAAUAAUUAUAUUUAAUUGUAAUCGUAGCUAGAGUUCUUAACAAAUUGCUAAUGAAACAAGAAAUCAGAGCAAAUAUGAAAUCUGUUUAACAAAUAAAAACGAAACCACAAA